ACCUCUGCAGCAAUGAGCAGCAAAGUCUCUCGCGACACCCUGCACGAGGCGGUGCGGGAGGUCCUGCCUGGGAACCAGCGCAAGCACCACAAGUUUCUGGAAACUGUGGAGCUACAGAUCAGCCUGAAGAACUAUGACCCCCAGAAGGACAAGCGUUUCUCGGACACCAUCAGGCUUAAGUCCACCCCUCGCCCCAAGUUCUUGAUGUGUGUCCUGGGGGACCAGCAGCACUGCGAUGAAGCCAAGGCCGUGGAUAUCCCCCACAUGGAUAUCAAGGCACUGAAGAAGCUUAAUAAAAACAAGAAGUUGGUCAAAAAGCUGGCCAAGAAGUAUGACGCCUUUCUGGCCUCUGAGUCUCUGAUCAAGCAGAUCCCACGUAUCCUGGGCCCAGGACUGAACAAGGCUGGCAAGUUCCCUUCCCUGCUGACACACAAUGAAAACAUGGUGGCCAAAGUGGAGGAGGUGAAGUCCACCAUCAAGUUCCAGAUGAAGAAGGUGCUGUGUCUGGCUGUCGCUGUCGGCCAUGUGAAGAUGACUGAUGACGAGCUGGUCCACAACAUCCACUUGGCUGACAAUUUCUUGAUGUCCUUACUCAGGAAGAACUGGCAAAAUGUCUGGGCUUUGUACAUCAAGAGCACCAUGGGCAAGCCCCAGCAUCUGUACUAG